GACAUGACUUUUUGGCGGGAACGCGAGGAGUGAAGUUGUGUGAUUUGUUUUAUUUUGUCUAUUUAGUGUUUCUUCAGGUUUAAAUGUGUAAUAACGGUGGUUUAUUAACUGUUUAAUAUCUGUGAAAGUGCACAAAUGUGGGAAAAUGAAACAAAGCUGCUGGACGUAACUUCUCGGGUUCGUCCAAAAAGUCCACUGAAAAAAUCUCAGUAAAUGACCACCAUUUUACUGCGAUUAUAUUUCAUCCCAUAUCAUCUCAUUUCAUUAAAUUUCAUGCCAGUUGAUUAAUGUUUCAAAUUAAUCAUCUUCAUUUCAUUUCACUCCAUAUUAUCAUUUUUCAUAAAAUUAAGAAUAUAAAGUAAAAUAAGACAUGACUUAAAGGUCUCAGUUACCAGGUCAUAAAAUCUCUUAAAAAAAAAAAACAUUUGACAUAACCAAUAAACCAGAUUUUAACGUAGGAAUAAAAUAAAACACUGAAGUAAAUAAUAAUGGGGAGAUAACAUGCACAAAUACUAGAUUAAAGGGUUCACUUGAUUUUGUGAAUUAAAGAAUAUUUAAAUAUGAGUACUUUUAUAAAUAUUGGGCGAAAACUGUUAAUAACAUCAAUUUUUCGACUGCAGUGUGUUUCACAAUUUAAGCUUAAACCAGGUUAUACGCGAUCUAUUCAUAGUAGUACUGGGCUAUUCAUUAAAAUGUAUAUGGAAAAAGAGAAUGAAUAUGCAUACAGUGUGUUAGAAAAUAAAGGUUAUGCAAUAAAUAUUUAUACAAAACAUUCUAGCGAAGCUAUAUCUCAAGAAGAGUUUCAGCGAUUAAAUAAAGAAGAUUGGACUAAGAAAACAACCCAAGAAAUUUUUGAAAUAUUCCCUAUAUUCGGAAAAUAUUGUUCACAACAUAGCUUAUGCAUAUCAAGUGAAAUAUUUGAUAAUUUCAUAGACAAUCUAACUGAUACCAUACAAAUGGCUACUGACUCACAAUUAAAAACUCUUUUUUAUUCCUUAAACAUGUGGCCAGAAACAGCAUCGAUUAGAACAAGAAACUAUAUUGAGGUAUGGGCUGCACUUGAUGAUGAAUGCCUAAAACGAUUAAAAAAUUGGUCACACGAUGAAAUGUUAUCUUUUAUAUCAUUGUUUUUUAUGUUGAAUGUUACAAGAGUAAGUGAUUUUUCUUGGAAAAGUAUAAAUAAAUUAGCAACUAAAGCAAAUCAACUAACACCAGGACAACUAGUUCAAACAUUAUUUUUUGUGGGAGUCCUACGUAAACAACCCCAUGACAUGCAUAAUUUAGAAAUUCAUUUUUCUAAAAACUUUGCAUGUUUUUCAGUUGAAGACAUUGGCAUAAUGAGCAUGGGUUUUUUUAAGAGUAAAUGUCCUAUAAGAAGUAUGGAGCUUGCUUCAAAAAUAAUCAAUAAAGUUAUUGAAGAUUCUGAACAUGUUCAUGAAGUUGCACUAGCUGCUAUUUUAAAAAUCAUUAGAUAUUCAGUGAAGCAAAAUAAAAAUAAUGAAAUAUUUUCACUGCUAGAUGUUUUACAACAUCAAGUCACAAGGCUUUCUGUAAUGUGCAAUGUACAUUUAGCACUAGUUGGAACAUCAUCACUUACAGUACACAAUGAUUGUCUUACCAAAAUAGCCCAUUAUAUAAUGGAUCAUAUGCAUGAAACAAGACUAAAAGACCUUGAAAGAUUAAUUUUUACAUAUGGCACAUUUAAUUUAAUACCAGCUACGAAAGAUAAUUUUUUUUCUAAAGUAAUUGAAGAACUGAAAAAACCUGAAAGAUUUCCUGAGAUUUCACAACAUGGAAAGUCAUACAGUUGCUGUAUAUCAUUUUUUGGAUUGGUAGGGAUAUAUCCUGUAGAUUUAAUAAGUAAAGCUUUAAGCCCAGAGUUUUUAGAAAAUACAUAUGGCAAACACAUGUUUAGUUAUGGUAAAGAAUUAUUAAGCCUACAUAACAGUGCAGAGAUAUUUUGCAGGGAGUCUGCAAUGAAUCGGCUUAGUGAAAAAGCUGUGCUCCUCCUGUCAAAAAAAUAUACAGAUUAUGUACCAUCUGAAAAUUACAAAAAACAGUACAAUAUUAGUGAAAAAAUGAUGCUAGAUAUUAUGAAAGUUUUGGGAGAUUGUCGAGGCGGCCAAAAUUAUGUCAUAGCUGAACAUAUUUUAACCCACCAUCAAAGAGGAGAUAUAAUCAUUUGCAAUGAUCACAAUGGAAAGCCUAUGCCAGUCAAAGAAGCAUUUAAAAAUGAUACAUUUGGGUAUAUUCGGAAGCCUCCUGAUGACAAUGAUUGGAUUGUACUUAUAAUAGGUGGAAAAAAUUCUCUAAUUCAGAACUGUAAUGUACCUACAGGACAGUUUCAGACAAAAAUUCGAGAACUUGCAGCUUUAGGCUACACUCCAAUAUUGGUAAACUUUUUAAAAAUAAUUUUAUUGUACCAUAUUAGAAAUAUGAUAGGAGCACGACACGAUGAUGCCAUUCUGAGACACCGCAAACUGCGAGCGUAUGCCAUCACAUAUCCACCGUGUCCUUGUUGCAGCCAAAAUGGUGGCACUCCGUCGUCGGCUUCUUUUCGGUAUUGCGACCGACGAUGUACCGACCGAUAUAGUUGUAUUCAGCCAACAUCUGUGUAAGCCGGAAGGUCAUAUGCCUUCUGCAAUAUAUUCCCAUAACCGUAUACCGCAACAUAUGACUUUUUCCAUUAUGCUGUGGAUGAAUGCUUAGCGGCAGAAAUAGGGAUGACUGUGGUACUCAGUCGAAUUUACAGCAUGCAUUAUCGGUAUUAAAUAGUAUUUAGAUUUAUUGAAUUAGCAUCAUAAUAAUCAUAAAUCUUUACUAGAUUUUUUGACAGUAAUUAUUUUCAAGAUAAUUAAAGCAGGUCUAACUAAACCCUAUACAUGUUUCAGGUGCCAUGGAAAACAUAUUCACAACUAGAUAAUUUUGAAGAGAAAGAAAGUUAUCUUUGUAGCUUAAUCGAAAACAGAUCAAGGAAAAAUCAUAGUUGUACUGAUACUGUAUUUAAUAGUCUUCAUAGUCAUAAUUCUUAGAAAGUGCCAGAUUUAUAAGUUUAGUUCUCUUUAGGUCUCAAAAGAAAAAUAUGAAUGAACUGAAAAUAUUUUUCAUGGCAGAAUUUCUUGAUAUUGAGGUAGCUUGGUGAGUUUCCAGUGGACUGAAUUCCGUACCAACGAGUCUAUAUAAAGAGGCAGUAAAUGGGUCAUCAUCACUGAAUGCACGAGGAGGGAGACUAUCAGAGCAGACUGGCGGCGUGUUGUGAAGUUUGCUACCAAUACAUGAACUGAUGAUCACAACCACUCUGUCAAGAGCGAUACCGACGAAGAAGAAGAAGGCUGAGUUCGUCCGUUUAAAACAGCUUAUGUACAAAGCUGUAAUAAUAUUAAUAAAAAUGAAAUUUAAAACAUGUUCGUUAAAUUCAAAAUAAAGGAUACUUUAACUAAAAAACAAAA